AUGAACCAACCUGAGAAGGGCCCUCAAAGGAGCCAUUCAAAGAACAAGUCCUUCGCGACCGCGUUCCUCUACCAAAGGACCCCUAGAUCCAGACGAGCAAGCUCAUUCUAUAUCGCCUAUCACCCAUCAUCAGCUAACCCGCCAAGCAGUUCUCCAUUAAGCUCACCAUCUAGGCCACAGCCCGAACGACUCCAAGCUCAGCUACCCCAACGCACAGCGUCCCAGCACCGUCACUCAACGGAUUCGCCAAUUCCCCAAGUAGGCGAAUCUCGCCCAAAGGACUUCUCAUUUCUUCUCCGCCCCGAGAUCUACCACCCUCUUACGCCGCUCAACGUCCCAGUCGCGUUCCGCAACUCCCCAAAGCAGCCUGAUCCCGCGACGCCCCUAGAGCAGCUCCUCGCAAGGGGACACUUCCGUGCCGCAGCCAUCGCGUCAGUCCAGGAACUAACAGGCUCUGGGGCUCGCGGGGCCGUGGACCCGACUGACUCACAGCGCAUCUUCACCCUCCUGUACACCCGGCUUGUUUGCCUGACGCUUAUAGACGCCACUCCGCUGGCAGCUCAAGAGGUGAAAGCGCUGGAAGACCUGAGCAAUGUGCGAACCUAUGUCGACGACAAGACAGGUGAACACCUCAUUCCCUGGGAGCUGCGGGUGCUCAACGUGCGAUUGCAGGCCCUUGGAUUCGGAGACCUACGACGGGCUAUCAUGAGUUAUUACGACCUGGCAAGAGAAGCGCGCGAACACAUCGGCAGAGCGAUAGCCAAGCACGAUAACUCUGCAAGCGAGCUGUGGAAAGCCCGUCUCCACGAACUGGGGGUCAAGGUUGCAGGUGCCCUUAUUGACAUGGAUGAUCUCUCCGGCGCCGCCCACCACCUGAAGAGUCUGAGAGACAAGGGCGACGGCAAGAUUGCGCUCUCAAAAGCCCUUCUGUGGCUGCACCUCGGCGACGCAGACGAGGCGCGAGGCUGUGCGGAACAGUGCUCCAAGACGGCAGUCGACACAGAGAAGCUCAUCCUUGCCCUGUGCGACUUGGCUGACGGUGAUUACGAAUCCGCCUUGUCGAGGUGGCAACACCUGAGGGAGGACAUGCCAGACGACGAGAUGGUGGGCGUCAACACAGCAGGACGCGACAUCCUCGAAAACCUGGUCGAGUCGGGCUUCUCUUCGCACACUCUCUUGUUCAACUUGUCCACCAUGUAUGAGCUAUGCACUGAAAAGCACCGCAAUCUCAAGACGAAGCUCGCCGAGCGAGUCGCAGGAAUGGACGAGUCGCCAGCAGGAUGGGAAAAGUUGAACACCGACUUCAAGCUAUAG